AUGAAGGUCACGUGGAACGACAAGGCCGAUGCCAAGUUACUGGCCGGCAUACUCGCCACAAAUCCUACCCCGAUUGAUUUUAAUGCUCUUGCUGAGUAUAUGGGUGAUGGAGUCACAGCCUGCGCCAUCCGGCACCGGGUAGCUCGCCUUCGGGCUAAGGCUGCAGAGAUGAAUGAUGGCAGUGGCACCUCUUCCCCUGCUUCGCCCGUGACCAGGAAGCGCCAGCGCAGGACUCCAAAGAAGUCUGCAAAGGCCGCACCCGCAAAGCACAAGGAUGCUGAUAACGAAUCUGGCGGAGAAGACCCAGUUCCCGAGGACGAAGAAAUCGACGGUGAAGAUGCCACUGACAAGAAGUGCAAAAUAAAGCACGAGGAGACUGAAGAGUAA